AGAUUCCUCAAUCCGGCCGUGACUGAGUUCUUGAACUGCCUGGACAUCUGAUUAUUUUAAACACUCAAAGUUAUGCUGUAGGGAGAAAUCUUUCAUAUACAAAGUGUUGUCAUCGUCCCUUGAGGAAUUUUGAUUGUUGACUAAUCUACACAAGGACAUAGCCAGGAUGGAAGAGAAGCAUCUACUGAAAGAAAGACUGCAAGCCAUCACCGAAAAAAGGAAAAUCCAAGAGAAGAUCAUGGGACAACGGUUUGAAGUGGAAGAGGAGAAGCUGAAGCUAAAGCACUUAAAGUCAAAGGCUUUGAGAGAAAGAUGGCUUCUGGAAGGAGUGGCCAACUUAACUCCUCAAGAACAAGAGGCGAUAAGAACACAGCACCAGGAAGACCAGCUUCAAUCCAAGCAAAUGGAACAAACAAUUCUCAGGCUUGAAGGGGAAAUCAAAUCUCUUGAAAACCAAGAAACCCAGAUUUCAUAUAAUGAACAACUGUUACUGAAAAAACUGAAAGCAACAGAAAGAUCCACAGCAGAUAUAAUUAAGGCAGCUCACGCUGAGAGUGAUCAAGAUCGGAUGAAGUUUGUAAAUUCAGAAAUUUUAAACCCUGCCAACCAAUAUCAGUCUCAAAAACCACAGAGAACAAUAAAUCCAGAUGAUGAAAGACAAGACCCUGAACAAUCUAAAGCAGCUUUGUUUGCAGUAGAAAUCAAUGUCCAAAAGGAUAUGAAGACAGGAGAAAGCACUGUUCUGUCGACUGUACCAGUGACCGUCGAUGAAAUGAGAAACAACGGUGUGAAAGUCUACGAGGAUGGGACCAAAUCAGUGUAUGCUUUGUGUAGUGGCGACGGACUGGUUCAGAAUGGCAUCAAUGCCAUGACUCAUGAGGAGGUGGAAGCAUUGUUACAAAAGGCUGGAGAGAAACAAGAUAGUGUUCCUGCAGCAUGCCAUUCCCCGGUUUACUCGAGUUCGUACAGCAGUCCCCACUAUCCCAACAUGAUCAUCAAUGAGCAGAUGGAACCCGAGGCAAGGAUUCAGGAGAACACGAUUGAAGGUGGAAGAAUUGAGAUGCAUAACCCAGUGAAGGCACAAAUCUAUAGAAGCAAUGAUACCGAUGUGACCCAGGAAAAGAUUUUGCCCUGUUAUGCGCAGGCAAUGUUAACUCCUGCCCCUUCCUUAUCCAGCCCGAUGUCCAAUUUCUGGUCUCCUCGUUCCGCCCAAACCCUGAGUCGACAAAGUUGUGAGUCGCCAUUGAAUGAAAAUCAAGUGAAUUCAAUGCAUCUUCCAUACCACCAGCCGAGGGACAAUCACCGCCAGGCUGUGUUUAUCAACUCAGAACUCAAUCAUAACGGCAGGCACUCUUCUGCCUCUGAAGAAACAGACAUCGGGUACAACAUUUGCCAUUCCUUGCCUUCUACCGUUAACACUGAGGAACCAGUUACUAUGGUCUUCAUGGGCUACCACAAUGUCGAUGAUGAAAAUGAAACCAGCAAAGUCCUGGGCUUUGAAGGAGCCAUUCGAGCAGAACUGGUAAUGAUCAGCGAUGAUGAGGAGGAGGUGGCUCCAAUUCAAGCAAAUAGUCACACUAAUCCUGUAUUUCACCCAGCUCCUCUUUCAACUGAGAAUGAGAUCCAUAAAACCUCAUACGCUGCCAUAACGCUAACUGCGGGAAAUAACUCUCUCCCAAGGAAAUCUGUUUUGAUCUCAGGUCAGGAUAAAAAUAAUUCUCCCUUCAGAAAUCAUUCUGAUGGCCAUUUGGAUAAAGAUGGAAUCCACAGUGAUGCCACGGUGUCAGCCUUAGGAACAAAAAUGGCCAUCCUAGGUAAAAAAGUGAUGAUGUGAAGUGGAGCCUUUCAUCUGAAGCUUGGUCAAUACUUCAACCAGGAACUGUGGGAGGUAUUGUAGCUUCUUAAUUACAGGACAGACAAGUGAAAACUACCAUCCAACAGAGUUGUUGUGCUUCAACUGCUCAUCUGCCACAUCUAUAUAUUACAAUUGUGACAUCCACUGCAUUUGUUUUAGUCAUCAUUUACCCAAAUAUAACAAUGUUAUCAGAAUAUUUGUGUUUUAUGUUUGAACAGAAAAGCAAUAGUUGGUUCAAUUAGCCGUUGUAAAACUGCAUUGAUUUUUGUUAGUCUUUGAAACUACUAUUCACUUGUGUUCUAUGUAUUCUUAAGUAAUAAAAUACUCCCGUCAACACUA